AUGUCUUCUGUCAAUGACACUAGCUCAUAUCCCUCUGCAUUCCUCCUGCUGGGCAUACCUGGUCUGGAAGAUUUCCAUGUCUGGAUUGCAUUCCCUUUCUUUGUUGUUUACUUAGUAGCCUUUGUGGGGAAUAUCACAAUUAUGUUCGUGAUCAAGACGGAACAAAGUCUUCAUCAACCCAUGUUCUAUUUUCUGGCUCUUCUUUCUUUUAUCGAUCUAGGCCUCUCUACUUCGACCAUCCCCAAGAUGCUCGGCAUAUUCUGGUUCAACCUUAGGGAGAUCAGCUUUGAAGGCUGCCUCAUCCAAAUGUUUUUUAUCCACACCUACACGGGUAUGGAAUCUGUUGUACUCCUGGCCAUGGCAAUUGACCGCUUUGUUGCCAUCUGUUACCCACUGAGAUAUACCACUAUUCUCACCAACAAAGUGGUAGCCCUCAUGGCCUCUUUUGUAGUAGGGAGACCGGUGCUUCUUGUUAUUCCCUUCUGCCCUCUUCUUAAACGACUGCCUUUCUGUGGACACUACAUUAUACCACAUACCUACUGUGAACAUAUGGGAAUCGCCCGGCUUGCCUGUGCUAACAUAAGAGUCAACAUCAUCUAUGGUUUAUUUACCAUUGCUGCGCUCAUCUUUGACUUAAUCCUUAUUGCCCUUUCUUAUGUUCAGAUACUUCGAGCUGUGUUCCGACUUCCUUCUAGAGAUGCCAGACUCAAAGCACUUAGCACGUGUGGUUCACAUGUCUGUGUUAUUUUAGCUUUUUACACACCUGCAUUUUUCUCCUUUAUGACUCACCGGUUUGGUAAAAAUGUUCCUCGCUACAUCCAUAUCCUUCUUGCCAAUUUAUAUGUGGUUGUCCCUCCAUCUUUAAACCCAGUCAUUUAUGGGGUUCGGACAAAGCAAAUCAGGGAUCGAGUUGUGAGAAUAUUUAUUAAAAAAGAGUGA